AUGAUAAAUUCUUUUUAAAAAGUUAUUGUUAUAAAUUUGUUUGAAUUAUUUAAUUCUUAACUCAUAAUUUAUAGAAAAUUUGAAAUAUUAAUUAUGAAUACUUCUAUGAAAAACUUAUUCAUUGAAAUUGGAACUCCUAUAUUAUAAGAUUCCAUUUAAAUAAUAAAAUAAGAUUAUAAUUAAAAUAAGUAAUAACUUGAUUUGAUAUUAUUUAUAAUCAACAAGUAAAUUUAUGAUAUAUAAUUCUUAAUUCGUCUUUAUCUUAAUGAGCAAAAAUAUGAAUUUAUCAAUUAUAAAAUUCUAAGAUACCCAAAAUCUACUUAAUCCUGCAAAUAUAUUUUAUUAUCUGAAACAGAAGUUAUACUUGAAUGUGGAUUAACAAGAUAUUUUUAUGACAUAUAAAACUCUGAAUUCCUUUGUGAUUCAAUUUAUUCAUCAAAAAUACUUGAUUAAAUGGAGAUAUUAAAUAGUACACAUUAUUUAUUCAUAAAUCAUUUUUUAAACAAUUAAUCUGUUGUAUUAUCUAUAGGGAAAAGAGGAGGAUACAGCUUAUAAAAAUAAUCUUAAUAUAAUUCUGAAUCAAUAUCUCUUGAGUUUUAGGUUAUUAGUAUUGAUUAAAUGGGAACAAGUAAUAUAAUUUUUAAUUAAUUAAUAGAUUAAGUUACCCUUAACUUAUAAGUGAUUUAAAAAAGUAUUGAAUAGAAUGAAAUUUCUUAAUUAAGUAUAAUAAUAUUAUUAAUAAUUUUUAUAAUCUUUUUAGCAACUAUUAAAAUUCCCUAUAGAUAAUGCAAACAAUAAAAAUUGAACUAUGUAAUUAAAAAAGAAUUUACUUAAACUGAAUUAAUUUGA